ACUUCUGGAGAGGCUGCAAAGAUGGAGCAGCUGCUGUUUGUGCUCGUAGCUCUUGUCCUAGUUUCUUUCUCCAGUGGACAAGACUUUUGCCAUCAGAAGAAGUGUCCUUCCUACCAAGUUGAGGAGACCAACAAGGAUUUUGAGGUGCGUCUUUACGCCGCCACUGACUGGAUUACCACCAAAGUGGACGGGAAAGCAGCCACUGAAGUCGUUGCUGCGAGCCAGAGACUGAAGAAUUUCUGUGAAAGACAGAAGGAAGCAGGUCAGGAGAUCCAGGACGCCUGGCCUGCACUGCUCACGGUGACAGGCGAUGAAGAUAACCCUGACGUGUCCAUGUCCUGGUUCGUCCAUCCGGGAUUAAAACCAGAAAUCCUUGACACAUCAGUCACUCUUCAGCACAGAGAUGCAACCACCGUGUAUGUCAGGUCGUUCGGUGGGAUGCCAAGCAUAGAAAGCGGUCGGGAAAAUGCCAAGAUUCUUCGUGAGGCCUUGGCUGAAGCUGGAAAAGCUUACAAUUCCAACUCUUUUGUCGGAGCUGCCUAUGACUCAUAUUUCUCACUUACUCAUCACAAUGAAAUCUGGAUCUACGCUGCCUGACACCAGAUGAGGCUUCAACCAAACCCGUGCUGCGCAUCAUAUGAUCAUCAUACUUUUGCUUCAGCUAAUACUCCUUGUUCCUUCUUCCUUCUUCCUUCUCAAAUCUUACUUGCAAGAUAGGGCCUUUUUUGUGUCAAUUGGAAACCAUGAGUCUAAGAGAACCAACAUCUCAUGUGGGGUUCCUCAAGGGUCCAUUCUCGGACCGCUUCUAUUCAACAUCUAUAUGUUACCCCUAGCUCAGAUUAUGGAACAUCAUAACAUUUCCUACCAUACUUAUACCGAUGACACACAGCUCUAUAUUUCAGUGUCACCACAUGACUACAGUCCCCUACUCUCAUUGAGUAACUGUAUUCAUCAAAUCAAUGAGUGGAUGUGCCAGAAUUUUCUCCAGCUAAAUGCAGAAAAGACAGAGGUGAUCAUUUUUGGCCCUAACAAUGAAAGGGAAAGAUCAGCGCUCACCUUGGCUCCAUGUCAUUGACAGCUACAAAUCAAGCCAGAAAUCUUGGUGUAAUUAUUGACUCAGACCUGAACUUCAACAGCCAUCUAAAGUUUAUCACUAAAUCUGCCUAUUACCACCUGAAAAACAUUGCUAGAAUUAAGGGGUUUCUGUCUAAACAAGACAUGGAAAAACUUAUUCAUGCAUUCAUUUUCAGUAGGUUGGAUUAUUGCAAUGGCAUCUUUACAGGCCUGAACAAGAAAUCUCUCAGGCAGCUGCAGCUGAUCCAGAACGCUGCCGCCAGAGUCGUGAAAUGUGCUAUACAAAUAAACUUGCCUUGCCUUUAUGUUGUUCCAAUAAACCGCUGAGAAACCACCUGUGUUAGUUUCACCUCGCUGCAUUCCUUCUGAAAAUAAUAUGCUGUACCCAGCAGACAGGUGGUUAGGCUGGAAACUGUUUCAUCUGAGUUCUGGUAUUUACCAGCUGUUAUGUAAUGCUGAAAAUGAACCAUCUUUCCAUUCGUUUUGUGUUCACACAUGAUCUUGUUUAAUCACUUGACUGCUCCUGCUUGUUGCAACGUAAAAGGAAAUUAAAGACAUACCAAUACAACGUUUCUGUACGUGAAACUAUACAUUUGAUGUUUGGAGAUGUUUUAUCUGGUAUGUUCAUGUUAUUGUUUAACUAAUGAACAGGAAGUUUAUCCAAAGUCUUCCCUGAAGGAAAUUCUUGAAGGUUUCCCGUUCAGGUAACUACUAGUAGAACCGGUUGUUGCAGGAGCCAAGACGUGCAGCUUGGGGGUUUUGUUAUUCACUUCAGAGUAAAGUCAUCUGCAAACUUCAAUACACCCCCGCCCUCCUCCAUAUACAUGUG